GUUUCCAAGACUAAAUCUUUAUGGAAGCAGACUGCCACAUCUUUCUCCCACGGAACAACUAGUAGGUUCAAACUGCCCAACUUUUGGUUAGCAGCCAAGUGCUUUAACCACUGUGUCACAAGAGCUCCUUAUCAAACUUAUCCAUGAACACAUAUCUGAAGGGGAUGAACAAACAUGUGGAAAACUGUGUUCAAACGGUGGGAUGAUGGGUGUUUCCUCACUUUCCCUCUAUUUUCCUAUUCUCCCUAAUGCUGUGAUAAAAAGUUGGCAGUUGAAAGGAUGGUCACAGAAACAUCGCUCCCUCAUUUUGCCCUGGCUGCUUCCUCCCUGGCCUGCAACAAAGAAACUGGAAUACUGUAUUUGAUAGGAUGUGUGGCCAUAGCCACGGGCUCCUAGUGCACCUGGUAUUUAACUUUUUCCCCUCCAGCUGAGAAGGUGUUGCAGCUGCCACCCCCUCUCCCACGUAGAGCCAGUGCAAGUUUGGACGUCCUGAGGGAUCACUUAUACAUCUAGGUGCCCUAAGGGGGUUGCUACUUCCUGAGGUGGCGGUCACUAAGAGGGUCAUUCUUCACGGUGCCCCUGAGGGUGUCGCUCUUUCCUGAGAGCGAGGUCACUGAGAGAGACAUUUUUUCUCCCCGGCACCCGAGGGGGUCUCUCGUUCCUGAAGGGACGUCACGCCUCGCCCGGGCUCCUCCCCAGCACGCGCCGCCUCCUUCCGGGCCGUCCUCAAAGGUGGCGUCGCAGGCGGCCUGACAAGCGAGGUUCGGGGAAAGAACGCGGCGGCGAGAACACAGCGCAGAACUCGGAGUCCGCGCUACAGCGGCCCCGGCGGUCGCAGGCCAUGGCGGGCUGCCGCGCCGUGGUGGCGGGCUUCCUGUUCGAGUACGACACGCCGCGCAUCGUGCUCAUCCGCAGCCGUAAAGUGGGGCUCAUGAACCGCGCUGUGCAGCUGCUCAUUCUGGCCUACGUCAUUGGGUGGGUGUUUGUGUGGGAGAAGGGCUACCAGGAAGUGGACUCGGUGGUCAGCUCAGUUACUACCAAGGCCAAGGGCGUGGCUGUGACCAACACCUCUGAACUUGGAUUCCGGAUCUGGGAUGUGGCUGAUUAUGUAAUUCCAGCUCAGGAGAAAGACUCGAUCUUUAUCAUGACCAACAUGAUUAUCACUAUGAACCAGACCCAGGGCAUCUGUCCUGAGGUAGGUGGCUUCUCGGGAAAGAGCCGGGGGUUCGCCAAGUACUAUACGAGCCCAGCCGGCAUGGAGCACCGGACCCUCGUCAAGGCCUAUGGCAUCCGGUUUGACAUCAUUGUGUUCGGGAAGGUAGCUCCCCUGAAUCCUCUCUGGCACCAUGAAAAAGGAGGAAAAGCUGCCCGGAUCACCCCAGAGAGCGAUCUGGAUUCUGACCCCACUGCACAGGGACUUCAGGGCUUCCCAGCAGCUCCUGCAUUUGGGGUGUAG